CCCACAUAGCGGCCCCGUCCCAAGUUUAUUAAUUAGCCCUCACUUAUGGCGGAGGAAUACCGUGGUAACAUCAUAACACUUGGGGGCUUACAAGAUAAACGCUAAGAACAAAGACCCAAAACCAAGUGUCCAAAUAAACCAAAACAAAAGAACAAAACAACCAAAAACGAGACCAACUCUAACAUGCCUAAAACAACCAACCCACUAAACGUAAAAACCAGAGACCAAAACAGCCAGGAUCAAAACCAAAGCACCUGCAAAACGAACAAACAACAUACAAAGUUCAAAGAAACCAAAAGAGAAACGUACCAGGACUACGAUAAGCGCAAGUAGGGAAGACCAAUUUUGUCCAUACGAAGCAGACCACGGAGCUGAAACAAUGUUUUGCUUAUUGUAGUAUAUUUCCGAAGGAUUAUGUGAUGGAAAAAUCAAAAUUGAUAAAUCUCUGGAUAGCACAGGGGUUUAUCAAACCAUCCAAUCAAAAUGAAUGUCUUGAAGAUGUUGGUCAUGAUUAUUUCAUGGAUUUACUUUGGAGAUCGUUCUUUCAAGAAGCUGAAAUGGAUGAUUGGGGAAACGUGUUUACGAUUAAAAUGCACGACCUCAUGCAUGAUCUUGCAAUGUCAGAGGCAGGAUCGUUGAUCACCAGAUUAGAAUCUGAGGAAAAAAUCAUUGGUGAUCAGAAAACUCGGCACGUAUCAGUCGUCGGCAAUAUAGAUUUUUCCUCAGUAAUUCCAACUUCCUCGUCUAGUGCCAGUAAGAUACGAACACUUCUUUGCCUUGGUGAAUUCAAUAAUUUGCACGAGUACUCAAGUACUUCAUGUGAAGCAAUCUUUUCAAGUUUGAAGUUCUUGCGAGUGCUGGGUUUACAUGGAAGACAGCUUGAUUUAGUACCGAGUUCCAUGUGUAUGUUGAAGCAUUUAAGAGAUCUUGAUCUUUCAGGGAAUGGUAAAAUUGAGAAGCUGCUCGAUUCCAUAAGUAGGUUGCAAAAUUUGUAUACACUAAGACUCUCUGGUUGCACAAGACUUAAAGAAUUGCCUAGAGGAAUUACGAAAUUAGUCAAUCUCAGGCAUCUUUACAAUGAUGGAUGUUAUAGUUUGACUUAUAUGCCACAUGGAUUGGGGCAAUUGACAAAUCUCCAGACAUUAUCUAAGUUUGUUGUCUGCUCUAAUUCAGGCCCAGAGGAUGGUGGCCGGUUAAGCGAGCUAAAUAGACUAAAUAGCUUAGGAGGAGAAUUAGAGAUUUGGGAUUUGAGACAUGAUGGGGAUGACUUCGCAUUGGAUUAUAAGGGUAACCUAAAGGCGAAAGAACAUCUUCAGGUUUUGUAUUUAUGGUGUAGUACAGAAAAUAUUUACGCAUUUGAUGAAAUGGCAUUGGAAGGCUUGGAACCUCACCCAAAUCUAAAAAAGCUGGAGAUAAAUGUGUAUGGAGGUGUGAGGGUUCCGAUGUGGCUUUUGUCACUCACAAAUCUUGUUGAUUUGAAAUUAAGUGCCAGCUGGAAGCCAGUGCAACAAACAAUAACGAAUGCCUCCUCCUCCUCCGCUUCCUCUACACCCAUUGCCUUUUCAUCUCCUCCUCUCUCCAAAUUGAAGCGUAUAUACUUAUAUCAAAUUGAGGAUCUAGAAACACUACCAGUGCAAAACCUCAUAUCUCUCCAGCAAUUGACGAUAGCUGACUGCCAAAGAUUAAAGUCUCUCUCCCAAGGUGUACAAUAUCUCACUGCACUUCAGAAACUGGAGCUUUCUGAUUGUCCUGUGCUUGAUCUAGGCAACGAUGAGCACGGGAUGCAAUGGAAAGGGCUUAAAAGCCUCAUCUCUUUGGAGUUUACGAGAAUGCCGAAAUUGGUGUCUCUCCCAUUGGGGCUUCAACAUGUUACAACUCUACGAAAGCUCCAAAUCUCAGAUUGUUCGAGCUUGGUGGUUAUACCAGAGUGGAUCUGCAAUUGGGCUUCACUUGAGGAGUUCACAAUUUAUAAAUGCUCUGGGUUAACAUCACGGCCUGAAGCAAUGAGUAGGCUAAACUCUUUGUAAAUGUUGACAAUUUUUUAUUGCCCCAUCUUAUUACGAAGAUGCGAACAAGAAAGAGGGCAGGAUUGGCCCAAGAUUGCUCACAUCCCAGUGCGGCACUUUGAUCUAGAAACGACUUCCGAGUAAAGAAGAAACAGGGGAGAAGGAUUGAGAGUUUGUUAAAAAAUCUAAUGCACUGCGACUUCUACAAGAGAAUAGUAAUGAGGCGGAAGAAGAGCAAAGGGAAGAAAUAUAGGAGGGGGUUGCGGAGGAGAUCUAGGACUGGAAUUCGGGGGCCACAAUAUUGAGGCUGUGUAAUUUCAAGACAACAAUUUCAACAGGGCCUGCAUGUUUCUUAGCGCGGAGAGUGAUGGCAAUUUGAUUUUUCUCAAGACCAUCUCAUAUGUCUAAACUUACAGGGAUGAUUUGGUUUGCAUGUUGGAGCACAUGUAUAUAUGAAGUUGAUCAUAGCUACAUGAUGGAUGAUGCUGCCAAUUCCGCGCUUUGAACUCCUUAAUUUUGUUACGGUAGUAAUUCAUGGCUGGACUUGAUCUUUUGUUGCUCGACAUACUAACACCCACCAAGGUAAUGGGUUUUCGACUAAUAUUGGGCGACGAAAUAUUCUGGUUUUCUUCAUAUGGAGACACAUCUCGACAGUUGCCUAUGCAGGUUUUGGCCACAUCAAAGUCAUCGGUACUUGAAUUUUGCAAAUUUUAUCAGAAGACUUGUAAGGCCAUCAGCUAACUUGGUUUGCUUUUCUGAAGACAUGGAAGAAACAAAAUUCUAAAAACUCAUCAAGAUAUCAGCUAAUCUCCUUGGAAUUGUAGUCGAAAUGCAUCAUUUGAAGAAGGAUUGUCGCUUUGAGAGAUGUAGUCCAAGAUAUAAUCAUGAGGUUGAUGGAGGAGGAGCCAUUAAAACUUGACGGAGAUAUUUUAUAAUUCCAAUCCUAGACUGAGCAAAUUUAUUGAAAGAUAUUCCUUGACAUCUGCAAAUUUUGCUGAUCUUCUCAAUUCAGAGUUUUUAUGUUGUUUCGUGUGGAAAUCUUUAAAUAUAAACAUCCAUUCGCUAAGCCCACUACCAUUUGCUGCAUAUGAAUAUCUCCUUAUGAUUACAAUGUAUAUAUGAUUAGAACGUGUAAUUUUCUACCCGUCUGUUCGAGGACAAGAGCAUUAUGAUUAGAAUAAGAAAUACUAAUCUUGGA